CGGAAUUCAACUGAGAUGGCAUCUCAGGGUUAAAGCGAGCGAGAGAUGCAUCCUAGAGAGGCAAAAAUAUGCAUCGGGGGUUGUGAUUGGUGAUAGCCUCUUCCCACUCCGCUCCGCCCCUUUCCCGGGCAAAGUGGCGUUUGGGGUCCGAACAAAGUGUUGACUUUGCAGAACUUGGAGGCCCCACAAAUUACAGCAGUUCCUGAUGUAAUUUUGAGCUUGCGGGAGUUUGUCUUUGGAGCACAGAAACUGAGAUGGAAAUGCAAGACUCGGCUUGCCCAGAUACCAUCAUGGCAGGGAGGCGUGAAGAAUUCUGGGAAAGGACUCUGCAGAAGAUCCUGGACGAUGACCCACUCGGUUCAGAUGUACAGCACCAGUGCUUUAGGCCGUUGCACUACCAGGAGGCCGAGGGCACAGAAGAGGCUUGCAGCCAACUCCACAAUCUUUGCCAUCAGUGGAUCAAACCAGAGCGAUACACAAAAAGCCACAACCUAGUGAUUCUGGAGCCAAACCUGGCUAUCCUGCCCCCCGAGAUGGAGAGCUGGGUCAGAGAAUGUGGAGCAGAGACCAGUUCCCAGGUGGGGGCCCUGACAGAAGGUUUUCUCCAGGACCAGGCAGAAGACGAUAAUCAGCAAGAGCAGCAGGUGCAGAGGCAGUUAGUAGAAGCGACUGCCAACUUCUUUGAGGCCGAGGAGGCUCCCUCAGACCCCAGACAGAAGCCACUGUCCAGGGGGAUCUCUCAGGGGGGUGACGCAGAUGCCAUCUCGCUGGGCUGUGGAAAAACACUGGCAAUGUGUGCAAGGUUCUCUCGCAUGGAUAGCAGUGGAGAAACAGCUUAUGUGCAACCAGAUCAGGGUCCUGUGUCCUUUGAGGAGGUGGCAGUGCAUUUCACUGAGGAGGAGUGGGCUCUGCUGGAUGCAGACCAAAGAGCCCUGCACAGAGAAGUCAUGGAGGAGACCCUUCAAAAUGUGGCUUCUCUAGGUCACGAGUGGAAAAGCAAGGCUGAUGGAGAAGUAUGCAGAGCAUUAGUGGAAAGAGUGGGAUGUACUGAGGGGGAACAGCAGAGGAAAGAAACAGAAGUAAAAGAAGAAGGGAGGAGUGGAUUCUCUGCUCUUUGUGCUUGUGACUGCCAGGAAACUCCGGUGCAAGAAAAGAUAGACAUUUGUGGGGAAAUCAGUUGUAAACCAGUGAUUAAACAUCUUUGGAGGAUCAAGGAAGCAGAGAAGCCAUUCAGUCAGAGCUUAGAUCUUGCACAGCAUCAAGGAGUUCACACAGGAGAGAAAGGAUAUACAUGCCUGGAGUGUGGAAAAAGCUUUAGUGAGAGCUCUGCCCUUAGACAACAUCAAAUAAUCCACACAGGAGAGAACCCCUUGAAACAUCUGGUGUAUGUAAAGAGCAUCAGUUGGAGCUCAGAUCUUGACAGGCAUGAAAUAAUUCACACAGGACAGAAACCAUUUACAUGUCUGGAGUGUGGGAAGAGCUUCAGUAAGAGCUCACACCUUACUAUCCACCAAAGAAUUCAUACAGGAGAGAAACCAUUUACAUGUCUGGAGUGCGGAAAAAGCUUUAGUGAGAACUCGUCUCUUACAAAACAUCAGAUAAUUCACACUGGGGAGAAACCAUUUAAAUGUUUGGAGUGUGGAAAGAGCUUUGGCUGGAGCUCAGAUCUUAGGAGGCAUGAAAUAAUUCACGCAGGACAGAAACCAUUUAUGUGUCUGGAGUGUGGGAAGAGCUUCAGUCGGAGAGCAGAUCUUACACAACAUCAAACAUUGCACUCGGGAGAGAAACCAUUUACAUGUCUGGAAUGUGGAAAAUGCUUCAGUCAGAGAUCAGCUCUUACACGGCAUCAAAGAAUUCACACUAAAGAGAAACCAUAUAAAUGCUUGGAGUGUGGAAGGAGCUUCAGUUGGAGCUCAGUCCUUAGGAGACAUGAAAGAAUUCACACAGGAGAGAAACCAUUUCUAUGCCUGGAGUGUGGGAAGAGCUUUAAUCAGAGCUCACUGCUUACGCAGCAUCAGAGAAUUCACACAGGAGAGGAACCAUUUAAAUGCUUUGAGUGCGGAAAGAGCUUCAUUCGGAGAUCAACACUUACAAAACAUCAAAGAAUUCACACGGGACAGAAACCAUUUACAUGUUUCAAGUGUGGAAAGAGUUUCGGCCAGAGCUCAAAUCUUACACGGCAUCUAAAAAUCCACACUGAAGAGUGUGGAGAAAGGCUCUUAUUUAAACCUUGAGCACAUCUCCCAGUCUGUUUCUUUGGCUUUAAAACUCCGUUUCAUUGAAGCCUGAGAACCAUAUACACUCUUUAUUACACCUGAUCACCUGACAGAUAGGAACAUAGGAAGCUACCUUUAUACUGAGUUCAUACACUUGGUCCAUCUAGCACAGUAUUGUCUACACCAGGGAUUCUCACCGUUGGGCCCCCAGAUGUUAUUGGACUUCAACUCCCAAAGGCCACUGGGACUGGGGAUUAUGGGAGUUGAACAUAGGAACAUAGGAAACUGCCAUAUACUGAGUCAGACCAUUGGUCUAUCUAGCUCAGUAUUGUCUGUACAGACUGGCAGCGGCUUCUCCAAGGUUGCAGGCAGGAAUUUCUCUCAGCCCUAUCUUGGAGAAGCCAGGGAGGGAACUUGGAACCUUCUGCUCUUCCCAGAGCUGCUCCAUCCCCUGAGGGGAAUAUCUUGCAGUGCUCACACAUCAGGUCUCCCAUUCAUAUGCAACCAGAGCAUGCUUGCUACCACAAGACCAGUCCAAUAACAUCUGGGGAACCAACGUUGAGAAUCCCUGGUCUACACAAUACUGGCAGCAGCCUCUUCAAGGUUCCAGGCAGGAGCCUUUCCCAAACCCUACCUGGAAAUGUCAGGAAUAAUUAUCUUAUUCAAUUUCUAUACCACCCUUCUAAAAAUGGCUCAGGGCGGUUUACACAGAGAAAUAAUAAAUACAUAAGAUGGAUCCCUGUCCCCAAAGGGCUCACAAUCUAAAAAGAAACAUAAGAUAGACACCAGCAACAGCCACUGGAGGGAUUCUGUGCAUAGAACCAGUUGCUCUCCCGCUGCUCAAUAAAGAGAAUCACCACGUUCAAAGGUGCCUCUUUGCCAAGUUAGCAGGGGUUAGGGUCUGAAUGUCAAGGAGAACUUCUACCCCUGACCUGUGGCCCCAUCUUAUGAGAUUAAUUGACGCAAAUAGGGAACCUCUCUGUUGCCGUUUGUUUUCUUGUAAUAAUAAUGGCUGAAACCAUUUCCCAGGGCUGAGAGCUUAAAUCUUACACAACACGAAAAAAUUCAGAGGUGUGGAAAGAGAUACAUGUUUGGUAUGUGGGAAACGUGUCACUUGGUAUUCUAAUGUUACUUUCCAACAACCAAGCCAUGCAGAGAAAAAACAAUAUAAUUUGCGUGCAGACAAAAAAAUUAGUUCUGUAGUUUAAAAGUGGGUUGGGUGUUGGGAGGGCAUAUGGGAGAGAUGCUUGUGAGUGGUGCAUGCUUUUUGGAAAUUGUGCAUUGAUAAUACUGGUUGUGGUUGUUUUGCUGUUCUCAAAAUCCUAAUAAAAAUGUAAUUUUAAAAAUAAACAAACCUGUAUAUAUGCAUAUUGAGAACUGGAGAUUUUGCUGGGCCCACAGCAAGAAGAGUUU